AUGACCACGGACAUGAGUACCCUGACCACUGACCUGACCCCUGACCUGACCUCGACCACGGACUCUCAAGAUUCCAUUCUGACACCACAUCAAUACAACGCUAUCAAGUGGUCACUUGUGGCCCUACAGGUGCUGGUUUGUCUUUUCGGUCUCGUCACCAAUAUCGUCAACAUCAUCGUCUUCGGCAAAAUGGGCGUAGCUGAGAGCGCCGUUUCUCUCACCUUGUUUUCCCUGGCUGUGGCAGAUCUGGGUUUCCUUGUAACCUACUUCAUCUUCCUUCUUAUCACGGUAGCUUUAGCCUUCGAGUUAGACUUGAUCUACCACCAAAGCUUAUCUAUAUCAGUAUGGUCGUUCUUGUAUAAAAUCUCCACGGCUAUAACGGUCUACUUGUCUUUACAGAAAAUGUUUUGCGUUGCGAUACCUUUCACUUUUAAGAACGUGUUCACUUUGAGACGAACAGUGGAAGUGUUAAUGUUGACAACUGUAAUCAUAGCAGGUUUCUAUGUGCCUAUGUUUGCAUCUUAUUACAUAGGGGAGUUCAAGGAUCCUCUCAACAACACGACAAGGCGUGCCUUGGCUCAAAGCCCAAGUUACCGAGGCUACAGGGACAUACAAGAGAUCGCCAUGGAGUACGUAUUGCCGUUCUCAGCUCAGAUCAUCGUAAUCAUCUGUCUGGUCGUCCUCGUCACCAAGCUUUCCAGGGCGUCCAACUUCCGGCGACGCAAUGCCACUACGAAAACAACCGAUGAGGAUUCGGCAAAUUCCGGAGCUUCAGGGCUGUCUGGAAAAGAACUACAGGCAGUGCAAGCUGUGGUUCUGGUAUCCGCCAUGUUCGUGACCUGUAACCUGCCUCCCAUGUGUUCUACGUUGGCCAUGAUGGUGGAACCCGAGUACUAUCAGUUUGGCUCUUACUUCAGAUAA